AUGUGCGCCUACCUCCCGAUCCGAGGGUCCAUCUUUCAACUCGCCAGACGCUUUGUCGACCCGGCGCUGGGCUUCGCCAUGGGCUGGACGUACUUGUACGCGGGCAUCAUGCUCGUGUGUGUCGAGUACAGUGCCGUGGCGACGGUGAUGCAGUACUGGAACCAGAGUAUCGAUCCGGCUGUGUGGAUCGCAAUGGCAAUGGCUAUUUGCAUCUUUCUCAACGUCAUGCCUGUCAAGUUCCGACACUGGAAGGACGGCAACGCGAUGCACUCUUACUACGCCGAGGGCGCGGCAGGUCUCUUUCUGGGCUGGUGGAAGGCCAUCCUGUAUGCCGGGUUCACCAUCUCCGGCCCGGACUUGAUUGCCCUCGGCAUGGGGGAGAUUCAGAACCCAAGAAGGACGAUCCCCCGCGUCGCCAAACUGGUCUUUUACAGAGUGGUCGGGCUCUAUGUCACUGGCGCUUUGGCAGUCGGCAUUCUUUGCAGCUCGAGGGAUGAGAGACUCAUGGGGGCCAUUGAGGAUCACGUCGCUGGUUCAGCUGCCAGCUCGUGGGUGAUUGGGAUCCAGAACUUGGGCAUCACCGGUCUGCCCGACUUGAUUAAUGCCGUGAUUCUCCUGUCGGGCAUGUCUUGCGGGAAGGCCUAUCUUUACUCCUCGUCCAGGACGCUUUAUGGCCUGGCAAGAGCCAACCAAGCUCCGAAAUUCCUCGUCAGAUGCACAAAGGCCGGCGUCCCAAUCUAUUGCGUGGCCCUCGUCAGCCUCGUCACCUGCAUCACCUUGCUGGUGACUGCCAACUCGGCCGUCGAGGUAUUCAACUGGUCCGCCGAUCUCACCACGACCGGGCUCAUUGCUACAUACACUUCCAUGCUCGUCGUCUUCGUCUUUUGGUAUCGCGAGCGCUCACGCCAAAACCUUCAAAGCUCUGCCUUGCCGUACGUGGCGCCUUUCCAGCCGUACUGGGCGUUCUCCGCCCUCGUUGUCGGUGUGGCCGCGCUUGUCUUUAUUGGCUUCGAUCCGUUUGCGCCUUUCAAGGCCAGGGGCUUCAUCACGGGGUAUUCUUGCAUUUUUUACACUGCCGUGCUAUACUUUGGGCGCAAGGUUCUGAGGGGCACCAGCAUUGUCGGACCAGGGGCGGCGGACUUGCUGAGUGGCAAGGCUGAGGUUGACGAGGAGUGUAGGGUCUGGGAGGAGGGUGGCGUCGAGGAGAAUUACAAGGCGAGGCUCAUGGAGAUGCCGUUUUGGCGGAAGGUAUUGGGAGAGACCGUGGCAGUUGAUGAUACUUGGAAGUGGAGGAGAACGGGAGGCCAGGGCCAGAAUUCUUAUAUCGGAUCUAAAACGUAG